AACAGUUAGCCUGAAAAACUAUAUAUUCGCAUAUGUGAAUGAAAUUCAGACUACGGAUAACUUUCUCCGUUUGAAACCUGCAUGGAGAACAGUUCAUUUUGCUCAGGUUGAAACUGAAGGACCGCGCAGGGCUAAACAUGCGCAGCAGAAAGAAAUACAGUAUGAGUAGUAGCUAUUACUCAUACUCAGGCUUUACGACGCCAGGAACGGUGUUGGUUUCCCAAAAGUUUCCAUGUGCCAGGACUGUAGUAAGAUGGCAGAGUCUGAGCGCUUUCUUUUUCAGGCUCCAAGGUUUCGAAACCCACUCAGCUCCACAGACGGAGGGCGUCUCCCGCAGCGUCACUCCGCCGGAGGAGCGCGCGCACACGCCCAGCUCUGAGGCGCUAGCUGCGAAAGUUAGCACCACUGACAGAAAAGCACCGACAGUUGCAGUCAUGUCCUCUUUGAGCGGCAAGUCUUCUGAAGAGCUGUCACGACUUUUGGAUGAGUAUGGGAUCAAACAUGGACCCAUUGUUGAUUCCACCAGGAAGCUUUAUGAGAAAAAGCUUACAGAGGCUAUGGCCAAAGGCACCAAGCCAUCUUCUUCUGACAAGACAUACUACAGAGAAGAACAGGAAGAAAUCACAUACGUUACAUAUCGUCCAUCAGUGAGACAAGAAGUCCAUGGAGAAGCAACAAGAAGAUCGAGGAUCACUGAUUAUGAUGAAGAAGUAGAUAAUGCACACGAGCCUAUCGUCAGCCGCACUCAGACAGGCCUCCAGAGCUCACUCUACUCCAGACCAACAGCAUACACAAGCAAAUACAACCAACAGGAUGCUAGUCCAGUGCCAGCGAAAUCUGAGGGCAGCAAAUCAGGGGGUGUGCCAGGCUGGCUUCGGGUCCUGGUGUUUAUCAUCGUUGCAGUGUUUCUUUACUACGUGUACUCAAACAUGGAGUCUGCAGAGCAAGGCCCAUUUGGUAAAAUCGAUGCAUAGGUGCCUCAUCACUUUCAAUUCGUCCUCAAAUUGUUUUCCCCCUCUAGAUCAUUGUAUCCAGAGUGUGCACUACAAGCACAGAUAUUUUGCUGUUUGGAUUUUUAUAUUAUGUUUGCACAUUUCAUAUUACAUGUAGUAGAAUGAUGAACUUUUUCCCAUAAACAUGAUAGGAACCAAUUUAAUAGGGCAUUUCUAACUGUAUAUUUUCUUGUUAAUUUUGAUUGAAGAUUGAGGUGGUUGUUCCUAAGCAUGCUUUAAGGAAACAUACAUUUCCUGACUUGUUCAGUUGCUUGUUUACAAACUUUUGAAUUCCAAAAAGCCUUAAUAAGAGUCCUUUUGAGGAAGACGUUUCUGAUUAAAACACUGCAGUUUGUUUUUUCAUGAUGUAACAAGAUACUGAACCAACCGAUUCGUUCAGGAAAUGUCCACUUGUCUGUGGUGAUCUAAGGUGCUGUAAUGAAGCACUUUUACUGCUAAAUUGGUGAAAUUCCUUUGUGAUUGCUAUUAAAUAAGCUCAUCAGGUUUUGAAAACAUCAUAAAGAAUUUUGUGAAUUAACUGACCCAGUAGCGCUUUUUCCAUGCAUGUCUCUUUACACUACAUAACCUGUGUUGUAGCUUCUCAUAUACAUACAGUGGGGUCCAAGAGUCCUGAGACCACUACUGAAAAUCCUUCCGUUUUGCAUUCUUUGCUAUUUUAAUAAAAAUGUGUUUUUUCAUUACAACUAGUAUUAGAAGUAGAAUCCUUAACAUUUUAACCUGAAUUUCAGAACUUCUUAGUAUUUGGCAUGUCCCCCAUUUCAUUUAAUGAUGUGCACUUUAGCUGGCAUGAACUCCACUAAUUGUGCAAAAGCCACUGAUAAUCAAAUCCACUUGAGAGUUCAGCUUCAGUAGCAGGGAUAACUAAAGGAAAAACUAAAAAUGAACUUUAAAAACUAUAAAACAACUGUGUUUUUAUGUACUAUAAAAUAAAUCUGACCUGUUUGUACAAAGGCCUUUCCAUGGUCAGUGUCACAAGCGUUGAUUUGAAGAGCCUAGAAAAUAGUGCAGAAUCUCUAAUAUUUCUGCUUCAUUUUAAUUGUCAUAACUUUGUUUUAAAUUGUUCAAAGACUUGAACAAGCCUUUCUGUUUACUCCAGGCUUGAAUGAAAAAAGUCCAAUGUGGUCUCAGACUUUUUGACCCUAUUGUACACACUGUGAUGGAGUGGCAAUUAAAAAAGACAUGUAAGGGUUCAGCAUGCUGAAAUCCAGUAAGGAUGAUCCACUAAAAAAUGAUUAAAGUUUGGAUAAACAUGGGGAAACAAGCAUAUUAAAUGAUUUUCAUGCAUUUUUUUAUUAAAAAGAAUCAUUAUGCUUGUUGUAUUUAAACUCAUUCUCUUUGUAACAAUAUUCUUGGUUCAUAGAUUUUUUUGAUUGAAAUAAAAGGGUUAAAUUCUUACAAUGCCCAAUGGAAAAUCAUCCAAUCAGGAUUUCUCCUAGAUACAGUCAAGCUAGCAGGCAGGUGGCAGUUCUGUGCCAGAGCUCUUCCCUGUAAGUCACUGUAAAACUACCACAAGGAGAAAUAAAUGUUUAUAUGUCUCUAACAA